UAAAAUACCCAUCAUCUUCACACCAACCAUUCCAGGAGAGGCAAAACUGGAUUUCCAAAUUAUGUUUUCUCAACCUGGUUGUGAACCGAUUGUGGUUUCAGUUUGUGGGGUGGCAGAGAGCGCACCUGUGUGGGUGACCAAGCCAAAUAUUGACCUGAAAAUCUGCAUGUAUGAUCGCCUUUAUCAGGACAGCAUCGAAGUUCAAAGCAGGGCCAGCUCAGCUCUGAGAUUGACAUUCAAGGUGUGUAAAGAGAUGAGGAAACACAUGUCUGUCCUGCCUAAAACAGGAUUUAUCCAGGCCAAAUCCAGCUUCAGUGCUCAGCUGAAAUUUCUGCCCAGGUAGACAUCAAUAACAACACUUAAUU